AUGCGCGGACGCGGCCGGCUAGUGGGCCUCCAUAUGCAUCUUCAAGCCGCCGCCUCCUGCCAAAUCAACGCCCAGAGUUACACCGCGCCACACCCUGGAUCGAGUCUCUGGACUACUGUACUGUACGGUACUUUGACCGUGCCGGGCCAUGGCAUGGCAUGGGUCGAUCUGCUGCUGCGGGUGCCGAGCGUGUCACAGAGCGCAGCGCCUGAGAAUUGUGGGCUCGACACUGGAUUCCGAGGUGUGACGCUGCACCAAUACAUUUAUUUCUGCACCCGUGUCCUGAGAAGCGCACUGGUGCUGUAUCGGCAAUCCUGGGCGUUGCAUGGCUGCGCUCAGUGGAUCCUUGGCUUUCUGCGACUUCGACUCACUGCCAUGGCCUCGCGAAACUUUGCGCAAGUCGCGCCGACUGCGGCUACGAUUGCUUUGAAUGCCUACAUCUAUGGCUACGGAGGCCACUCACUCGUAACGCCUCACGCGGCUCUGAAACAGCUCUGGUGGACAGAUGCCAGGAUUGAAGCCAAGGUGACACGAGCUUUCGUCGUCUCCAAGCUGCGAGGCGAGGAGCGAGAGUUUCUUGACAAGCCUUUAGCGUUUGGGGAAGGUCUCACAGAUGAUACUUAUAUGGAAUGGAUUCUGGACCGAGCGAAGCGAUUCUUCCUCAUCUUGACCGAAAUUGGCGUGCCUGACCAGAUUUUCGGAUGCAUUGACGACUCUUGGGACGACGACGAUUUGCCUAUCCCGCUCGAGAACGUCCGCAGCCUGGAAUUGUCUUAUGAGAACGACGAAGCACUGAACAAGAAGUUUUACGACAUGCAAUUUGUAUACUUACUGCGAGAACUCAAGGAAGGUUCGCACAUAGACUAUGGACAGAAGGAACACAUACCCAUGGAGCAUGUCAAUACCCUGCCACCGGCUGUCUGUUUGCAGCCUUACGAUCGCGUGCAUUUCCCUAAUCGGCCGGAAGAGGUCUUCAUGCGCAGGAAGUUCAUCUUGAAGGACGCCGAAACUGGCGAGUCGCAUUACGACAAGUACUUGCGUGACAUUCGAAAAGCCCGAGCAUUAUCACAUGAGCACGUGGCGAAUUGUUGGGCAUCAUAUACCAGCGACCAAGCUGGAUUCGUCGUCUCUGAUUUUGUUGCCGAACACACCUUGGGCACAUUCAUCGAACAUCGCACACCCACACAAUUUCUUAGAGUGUCGGCGAGAGAGAGGCCGAUACUACUGUGCGAAUGGAUGCAUUGUCUGGCCGAUGCAGUAGCAUCACUACAUCAUCGAGGCGUAGCACAUACACAGAUACGACCAUCGAAUGUAUGGAUCACCAAGGAGAACAAGAUUGCGUUCGCAGACGUGGGAUCGAUCAGCACUCUCCAACGAGGCAAAAAGUCUCCCAAGACCGAAGCCUACGACUACGCCGCACCAGAAUCGCAUAUUUCCAAGCGACCGGUCACGCUGAAAUCAUCACCACCGCCCAUCAGCAGCAUGAACGCCUUCAGCAAGCUCCGAAAAAUGAGCGCCAUUUCCGUCUCGACCAUCAACAGCAACUCCACGAGCGGCUCCUCAAGUGGCGGCAGCACUCGCAGCAACAGUAUAUGCGGUCAAACGAUCGGAAGUCCGAUAAUACCCACCGCUUCAUCAAACGAAUCAGGCCGAUCAAACAGCCUCACCACCCUCCAGACACCCUCCUCCCCCUCCAUCGACGUCCCUCACUCUCCCCGCUCAACGCGAAACUUCUCCCGCCACAUCCCAUCCCCAACCUCCCAACCCCUACUCAUGCCCUCCUCCCGCCCCACAAUCCUCGACCCGGACACCCUCCGCGACCUCCCCACCUCCAGCCCCGAAAUGAGCGACAUCUGGUCCCUCGCCUGCCUAUACCUCGACAUUUUAACCUUCAUGCUCAAAGGCAAAAUCACCGACUUCAUAAAAUUCCGCUCCUCACGCUCCAGCACCACCGCCACCAGCAGCGACUCCACAACCAAAAAAUCCCAUCGCUCCCGCACCGAUACAUCCUUCCACUCCUCCGACCCGGAAAAACUCUCGGCCUGGAUCCUCAUGCUCGAAGACGAAAGUCUCAAGCAUCCCGGCGAACAAAUCUAUCGCUGCGUCCCCGAUCUUUUGAGAUUGGUGAGGGUGAUGAUGUCGCAGAAUUCUACGCUACGGCCGACGGCUCUUGAGGUCAGGGAUCGGAUUUUGGAGAUUUUGGUGGGGGAGGGGGGUGUGGAGGUUUUGUGUUGUGGGGGGAGGGAGUGGCCGGGUUUUGAUGAUGAGAGUUGUGGGAGUGGGAGUGGGGGGAGGACGAGGAGGAGGAGGAGGGAUAGUCCGCAGGAGGGGUUUGGGGGUGGGAGUGGGAGUGGGAGUGGAGUUUUUGGGGUGAGGAGUCGGAGGAAAGAUGAGAGUGAGAGGUGUGUGAGUCGGUUUGAUGGGGAGAAGGAGAAGGAGAAGGAGAAGGAUGGGAGUGAUGGGAUUAGUGUGGUUUCUAGGACCGAGUCGAGUUUUACUGCGACGAUGGAGAGGAGGAGGAGUUCGGCUACGGCGAAGUUGAGUACUUGGAAGACGAGGUUUUUCAAUUCGGGAUAG